AUGUCUAUGUUUGAACCCACUGCGGCGACUAAACGGGCUGGGGAUGAUACUACGAACAGGAUCCAGGUCCGAGGUCUUAUCUCGCGCCCUGUCUUUGGCGAGGGACGCCAAACGCCGGAUCGUCAGAUGUUCUUCGUCAACUCGCGGCCUUGUGGUCUGCCGCAGAUUGCUAAGGCUUUCAACGAGGUCUACAAGUCAUUCAAUGUCUCACAGUCGCCGUUCAUCUUUGCAGAUUUCCAAAUGGAUACUAACGCUUACGACGUGAAUGUUUCGCCUGAUAAGCGUCAGAUCCUUCUCCACGAUGCUGGAGCGAUGAUUGAGUCUCUCAAAGCUUCCCUCACAGAACUAUUCGAAGAUACCGAUCAGACUGUGCCGCAGUCAUCAGUCAAUUCUAAACCCUUGGCAAAGCAACAGUCAUUGUCCUCGCUACCUGGCUUCGUCACCGCCCGAGAACUAGGCCAAAGCAGUGACAACGGCAGCCCUGGUCGAGAUCUGGCUCGUGAACGUUCAACAGAGCCCUCAGAGGCAAGUCAACAGAGCACAAUAUCCAGGUUUAAAAGAUCCCAAGAUACAGAGAGUCCAUCACAAGCCACGGCAUCUCCAUCUCGAUCUCUAAGGACCCCUCGUGCUUCAGCGAACUCAGCGAUACCUAGCUCGGCUGCCAGCCAAAUCGAAACGCCCACAGCCGACAUUCCACACGACCAUAUAAACCCGGAAGACUCCAUGAAUGAAGAUGCUCAAUCAACUUCCACCUUGCACGAACCAUCAUCCCAGCCGUCGGGGUUGGGUGAUACACCAUCCCGCAUCCGCCAGGCCUCAGAAGAGACUCCUAAUGUAGUUCAGAACGCAUUCAACAGAAUGCGGCCGCGUCGGGAACCAGCGGAGCUGGCUACCAUUACCAUUGGGGAUCGAACUAUCACUUCUAUGGUUGGUAGUGGGCUUCCGCGAAAGCGGGCACAAGAGGAUCCCCCUUUCAUGAAGGACCCGCCUCGGCGACCGAGACGAAUCCACACGCCUUCUCGUCCCAAUAUCUUUGGGGAUCAUAUGAAGUCGUUUGCUGCGCCGGGGUCGCAAAUCGAUGACGAGGCAGAGGAGGGUUCUGCGACUGACGCCGAUGAGGAUGUGGAAGAGGAACACGUUGUUUCCAGCGAUGAUGAGAAUAUGGAAGAUGAGGAGGCGGAAGAGGCUGAGAUGGUGGCCGAGGACGCUCAGAUCGAGGCUGAGGCUGAGAUGGCUGAGCUUGAAAGGAAUGGGGAUGUUGAUGCUGACGAAGUACAUCCUGAAUAUGAAGGAUCCCAUGCAUCUGAGUAUGCUCCUGAGGAAGAUGCCUCUUCGCAGGAAACCAAAGAGCCUGAAAAUAAUGCACGCGCAAAUGAUACCAAUCAAGAUGAAAAUCUUGACGAGAUCAAGAAGAAAGCACAGGAAGAAGCCACGGUUCAACGGCUCAUCCACCAAGCCGAGGAAACAGCCUUGCUUCCCGGAGAGAACAAUGUGAAACGUGCGAACAAAAUGAACAAGGGCGCUGCUCACCGCGAUGCCACUGUCCAACUCGUCAGCACGGUAGACGGUUCUAUGUCACGAAUACAAUCUCAGCACACUAUAUUGCAGAAGACUUUGGAGGCGCGUACCCGGCACGCAGAAGCGAUACCCGAAGAUGGCGAGAAAUCCGCCGAGGACAAACUCUCACUCACGGUGAGCAAAGAUGAUUUCGCCCAGAUGCGCAUUGUCGGGCAAUUCAAUCUCGGAUUCGUCAUCGCAGUCCGUCCAGGAGCAGGCCACGAUGAACUAUUCAUCAUUGAUCAGCACGCUUCAGACGAAAAGUUCAAUUUCGAACGGCUGCAAGCUGAGACCGUUGUUCAAAACCAGCGUCUUGUCCGUCCACAACGCCUCGAUCUCACCGCAGUUGAAGAAGAAGUUGUUCUUGAGAAUCGUGAAGCGCUCGAAAAGAAUGGUUUUGUGGUCACUGUGGAUGAAAGUGGUGAUGAGCCUAUUGGUCGUCGAUGCCAGCUUGUUUCUUUGCCACUUAGUAAGGAGGUCGUCUUUGGUGUACGCGACCUGGAGGAAUUAAUUGUUUUGUUAUCUGAAUCUGUUUCGACGAAUGAGCUCUCUGUGCCACGGCCAGGCAAAGUCCGCAAAAUGUUCGCCAUGCGAGCCUGUCGCUCCAGCAUCAUGAUCGGUAAGACAUUAACGACUCGUCAGAUGCAACGCGUCGUGCAGAACAUGGGAACUAUAGACAAGCCAUGGAACUGUCCUCAUGGGCGGCCUACAAUGCGGCACUUGAUGAGUCUGGGUCAGUGGGAUGAGUACGACGAGUUUGAGAACGAGGGUUUGGAUCCCUGGCGGGAAUACCUGACUCAAGCAAGCGAUGAAGAAUAG